CUCGUGAAUCCCUUUCUCUGCUUACCCGUUGAGCCCACAUCAAUUAUUUCUCCUUUUUCCCCCAUUUAUCUGUGCGUAUCGUCCUUACAAUUUUAAGUUUUACCCCAGAUGACGAACAGCCACCGUAAUUCAAGAAAUGGUCGGCUUUCGUCGCUGGUAAAUGCAGCUCGCGGGCCGGAAUUAUUGUAAAGUUGCUGCCUUUAUUUUUCAGAUUUUAUUAGUAGAAAGAAUUAUGUGCGAGAAUUUGGUGGCGAGGACGGGAAGGCAGCUGCAGCGGUAUGAUUCGGGUUUUCGCCUUGUUGCGGGGUGCAUUCCUUAUAGGUAUAGGGACUCAGAAAACUGUAGUGAGUAUUCGAACAAGAUUUUAGAGGUGCUCAUGAUCAAUUCACCAAGUGGCUCUGGUCUUUUGUUCCCAAAGGGAGGCUGGGAAAAUGAUGAAACAGUUCAAGAGGCUGCACUUAGGGAAGCCAUUGAAGAAGCAGGCGUUCGAGGAAAGAUAGUGAAAUUUGUUGGGUUCUACGAGUUUAAGAGCAAAACCCAUCAAGAUGAAUGCAACCCGGAAGGUUGUUGUCGAGCUGCAAUAUUUGCCAUGUCUGUGGAGGAAGAGUUCGAUUCAUGGCCUGAGCAACGCACACGAAGCCGAAAAUGGCUAACCGUAACAGAAGCAGCUGACAGCUGUCGAUACCCGUGGAUGAGAGAUGCUCUCAUUGAGGGCUUCGCCACGUGGCAUUAUGAAUCGACCGAGAGAAAUUUUGAAUGCAGCGUUACCAAACAGAGAUAUUCAUUAGAGGCGUACAUGACGUGGGAAUUACCCGGUGACAUCCAGUCCAAUAUCGAUUGGGUUAGACGGGUCAGUCCCAUUUUUGCCAACAACUAUGUGGUGCAUCAUGCACCACAUUUGCUUGCAAAACAAUUUGGUUUGACAAACAACGUCAAAUAUACACUGUAUCACAUCGAAAUGAAGGAUAAUCAGGUAUCAAAAUCCCACAAUUGGACCAAAAAAUAUGAAGUUCAUAUCGCGAAGUGGAUGAACCCAUUAUUUUUGGGAGAUCCACCAGCAGUCCACAGAGAGACCACCCCCAGAGAAGCUACAGAUACGCCUCCCUCUUCUAACGGCAAGGUGAAGUUCUGGCAGGGUUGCAAGGGGGAUGGGAAAAAGGAUCUGAUUCACUACCUGAAGCUUCUUGAGAUGGAACUACUGGGGGUUGCAAGGAGGAUGAGGGGAGAUCGGGCUGCAAGGGCGUCUCCGUACCCCCUUGCAGCCCGAUCUCCCCUCAUCCUCCUUGCAGCCCCCAGUAGUUCCAUCUCAAGAAGCUUCAGGGGAAGAACUUUCCUUCCAAUAUACCCCAUCCCCCUUGCAGCUCUGCCCAGAAAGAGAAUCAACAGAACUUCACCUGGCCAAAUAGACCAAAACACGUUUACAAAAUACAAGAGCAUUAAAGGUGUCGAGAAGGGAGAGAGGAUUAUGUCGUUAUCAGGGAAUAGUGUGAAGGUGUUAGUCGACGGGUGGCUGCCUUUGGGGUCAACGGCGCUCGAUGUGGCCCAGAUUUACUGCCUCAGGGAGAGACUUUCGGCUGCAGUUUUCUUUAAUGUGAAGCAUCCAAAGAAGGUUCUCCCGGAACAUCUUGGGGCCUCCUUGUAUGCCAUAGCGUGCAUUUUAUCAUACGACGGGAUGUCUGGGAUCUCAUUGCCGAACGAGCCCGUGGACUCUCUUGCUUCCAUGGUUAGUGCCACAGAUAUUAGUGGGUUGGGCCAAGAUUACCGCUAAUCAGCCCUCUCAAAAUUAUCUCAAGUCAUUGCUGAACAGUCGAAAUAAAUCGUAUCAACCUCCCGCUCAAUCUUUGGUUUCUAAUGCUAAUAAUAUGCACACGUACGGGUCGGCCAUGCAUGGGCCGCCUGCCCCCAAUCGGAACUUUUUCAAGCGGCCACGUGGUGGUGUACGCAGAUGACUUCUCGCGAAGAACCAAAAAUAUAUAUAUAUUAAAAGGAAAGACAAAAAGGGAAUCAUUGUGAAACUCGAUAAGCAACUUUUACCGAUAAUCAUGUGACAUUCAUUUUCUGUUAACAGUUGAUAUUUUAUUCAAAUUUAAUGUUUGCACUGUUCUUUGUUCGUCUUAGGAUUAAUACGAUACUAUAGCCAUGGGUCACUAAGGUUUCAUGGUGCAUUGUUUUGGACAGCACAUUUGUUUAUCACUCAGUGAUGCAUAACCUUGUUUUGGUUAGUCGUAUGAAUAGAUGUAUCUGUAAUUUACAUUACUAUAACUUUUUAUAAGCUGUAUUAUU